UGUGAAGUUGUGACAUUGUCGAACUACGAGGAGACGGAUGGAAGUUCAAGAUUCUCUUCCAAGGCUUCAACGGACAUUGCUGUUACGACGUGUGCUGUUGGACGUGACGUAGCGUCGGUUGGAUCGCUUCGUCGUGAAGUCAGAGCGCCGGCACCCAUCGGCUUCGCCACUGAAGUCGAGGAUCUACUUUUCGCUGGUACCUCGCCCAAGAAGUCGGAGGACACGAAGAAACACUCGAAGAAUGCUUCAGGCAAAUCCGACGAGGGUGGCUACUACAAGGCUUAUGGCAGCGACGCCGAGGGCGAAAAAGGAUACGUCAAGCAAACUUACAGCAAGGGAGAUAAUGGGUACAAGACACUAGACACUUUCCAUAAGCAGGAUGGCGAUAAUUAUGGCUUCGAGAAGCAUACCGCCUUUGGCAAAGCUCAGGGCGGAGAGAACAAGGGUUCCCAUGGACACAGUGGCAGCUACAAGAAUCACGACGGCGACGACGACCACGAGGGUGCCGGCACAAUUGUCGAGAGUCAUUACGUGAGUCCGCAUGGUGGCGACGCUGGUCACUACAGUGGCGAAGGUGAGGGUGAACAUUACAGUUCCGGUGGCGAGGGCGAACAUUACACUUCCGGCGGCGAGGGCGAACAUUACACAUCCGGUGGUGAUGGCGGUCAUCACGUAUCCUCAGGCGAUUCUGGGGACGGAGAAUAUUCAAAUGCUGGUGGGCAUAACGAGCAGUAUUCCACUGGGGGUGGUGAGGAGGGUGCUUAUGGAAGUCACGGAUCUUAUUCCAGCGACGGAGAUGGAAGUCAUUAUUAAUUAACCAAAGAUUAGCAGUAUCAGGUUACUACAGUGCGUAGACUAACGUAGCUUAGACUAGAUAGAAUCCAAAGCAUCAAUGUCCUGUACAUAUAUUUAAAUUCGUCUCAUCCUUGUUAACCAUUAAAGCUGUUAAUUAAAAAGA